UGGAUCCUUUGUGUCAGAUUGUCAGUAGAAAACGAAGUAAAUGUGUGAAUAUCAGUGGAAUCUCAAAUCAGUAGAUAGUAAAUUCACAAAUAAAAACUUAUUAAUAUUGAUAAACUAGUGUCGGUGCUUGUGAAAAAAUGAACCGUGCUUCGGAGGCUUACGAGUUAAAAUGGGAUUCACACGCUUUCCAUAUAGCCGCUGCCGUAGCAUCGUUACUUCGAUCGGAUCAGUUCUCUGAUGUGGUGCUGUGUACUGAAGACGGAUACCAAUUUCGAACACAUAAAUUCGUGUUAAGUUCAUGUAGCUUGUACUUGAGGCAACUUUUCCACGAACAAAAGUCUAUGACUCAACCAGGAAACGUUAUAUAUAUCAUUUUACCUUCAGAGGUAUCUAAGAAUGCUCUAACAAUAAUAAUCAACUAUAUGUACCAUGGGAUAACAACCGUCACAAAUUUAGUUUUAGACGAAUUUUUACUAGCUGCAAAAGUUUUGCAAAUCAGAGGUGUCUGGCAAAAGACAAAAAAAGAUAUACUAAGCUUAAUUGCCCUAACAACCGAUGCUCGUCAGGCAGUCCUACAAAUAGAAGCACCUCCAAACCAACAUGCAACAGCUAGUCCAGCUGAAGUAUCUGCGGUGGUUCCUGUCUCAACUGGGUCUGUUCAGCCAGGGCCCAAUCAGCCCACUAACCAUGCAUGCUCUUGUGUGUCAACUGUUCCAGUGGUGAAUAAAAUAACUGAUACAUCAGCAGAAUCAGCAAAUUGGCGAGGAGUGUCCAUUCGGCCGGUACCACCUAUUUGGCCUCCGGUAUCAAGUCCACCUAUAGCGACAACUAGUGCUCCAAUUUUAUAUGAACUUUCUAAAAUUAGAUGGCCUGUAGUGUUCAGCCAAACUUCUCUGAGUAUUGUCCCUGCCAAAGGAAGACCAUCCUGUUCAACUAUUUGUUCUACAGUAGCUAGCCAGUCAGCUGCAGGAUGCCGGUUUGCUGUCUCCAGUCAACCUGCGUUAAGUAGAUUUUCUGCUGGUCAGCUUGCUGUUACUGGCUCCUCUGCUAUAACCAGUCAGCUUACUCCAUUCUAUCGGCCUAUUGCACCUGCUCUGGCUUCUGGAUAUGAAGGGGAUGCUACACAUAGUAGGGGCAGUCGGGGUGGUCGGGGCAGUCGGGGUGGUCGGGGCAGUCGGGGUGGUCGGGGUAGUCGGGGUGGUCAGGGUAGUCGUGGUGGCCGGGGUAGUCGGGGUGGUCGGGGUACGCGCGGUGCUAGCGGAGCUCGGGGUGCUCGGGGUACACUUUGUCUGCAGGGUGAUCGAGGGCUUGGUCGCGAUGCACCUACUCGGGGGGGUCGGCGCGGUCGGCCUCCAGGGUCUGGAACGAAAUUUACAGUACCUUUGAUAAAUGACUGUACAUCAGCAUAUGGUCAACCUGCUAUAUUAGCUACACCUGAUGCAUCAGCGGCUGCAACAACAUUGCGUCACCCUGCAAGUCAACUGAAACCAGUAAAUAUUCCAACAAAACCAAUCAAAAUUAACAGAGGCGAUGUGCUCAAACCAAGUCAUAUUGAUGGUCUAUAUCUUGGUCCUACUAAAUUAGUCUUCAUUAAAACUUCUACAGGCGCAACACUUUACCCUAUUACAUUGAAUACAGUAACCACAUCUAACCCUAAUACAACUGUAACAGUAUCUACUACCCCUGCUAUUGUUGAGCGGUCUGAACAGGGGCAAUUAACAUUGAGAAAAAAAACAUCUGAAACCAAAUUUGCAAGGAUGAUAAAGGUUGGCAACAGUGUAAAUUUGAGUAAGGUUUCUGUGCAAGAAAAUGUAACUAUAACAACCUCAACAGUUGCUUUUACACAUCAAAACCAGUUUCCAUUGCCUGAUAAUAUUAAAAUAAAAGAAGAGCCUCUUUUAGCUAAUGAAACUGUUGAAGACAUUUCCAUUGAAAGAGAUAAUUUAUUGGAUAUAAAAAAUGAAUCUUCAACGAAUGAGUGGGUGAACCAAAAUGAGAAUUCUGACUCUACAGUAGCCAGGCUUGCUACUGAACCCACAACACCUGUACCAAGCUCUAAUAAAGUUCUAGCACUUUGCUGUUAUAUAUGCAAAGUAUAUUUUGAAGAACCUGCAACAUGGGUUCACCAUAUAGAAGAAUCUCAUACUGAUAAAGAAUUAGCUAUAAUAAACAAGAGUUUCGAAGAGUGGAAAUGCCAAUUAGCUAAGGAGGGCAUAAACAUUCAACAUCCUUGUAUUGAAUGUUUCCAAUUUUUUCCAACGCCAGAAUUAUUAAAUGAACACGUUCGUACCCACCCGGAUACACCGUUUGUGUGUGGGUGCUGCUGUAAUACGUUUAGAUCUAAAGCUCAUUUAUUUAGACACCUGCUAACAUGCCCUAAACACAAUAUCCGGAAGUUAGAAUGUAAUGAGAUAAAGAUAGAGAUUGAACCAAUCCCUGAAGAAACGGAGGUUAAGGCAGAGUUUGAGCCACUACCCGAGGUAAGGGAGAUUAAAAUAGAAUUGGAGCCUGAAUAAGAGGCUAUAUGUAAGAUUAAGAAAGAGGCUGUGCUGGAGGCUGCACAAGAGUGAAAGAAAUGUUGCAGCAAACCUUGCACCUUCAGUUACAACAGAUGAGAAUAAAUUUAGCACAGGCAGUUAAUAUUUAAUGAGAA